AUGGCGCAGGAAUUCAAACUCAAGGAUCUCGAUAAGCUUGACUUGCAGGAUUUGGAGAAGAGGGAAGUCGAAGUCGAAGGCAUCGAAGGCGGCAAAGUCCUCCUGUGUAAAGUUGGUGGUCAGGUACACGCAUUGAAUGCCAACUGCACACAUUAUGGGGCGCCAUUGAAGUUGGGUGUCUUGACGCCCGAGGGACGACUGACAUGUCCCUGGCACGGAGCCUGCUUCAAUGCACGCACCGGUGACGUCGAAGACGCCCCUGCUCCGCUGUCGCUGAAUGCUUUCGAUCUUGUUGAGAAGGACGGUGGAGUAUAUGUCAAGGGAAAAGAGGCAGACAUCAAAGGUGGAAAGAGAACAGUCAAUAUCAAGACCACGCCCUCUUCUCAAGACAAACUAGUCAUCGUCGGAGGCGGAUCAGGCACAUUCGGCGCCCUUCUCAAACUGCGUGAACACGGCUACAAAGGUCACAUCACGGUCGUUACCGAUGAAGGCUACCCGAUCGACCGGACGAAACUCUCCAAGGCCCUGAUCACCGACGCGUCGAAGCUCUAUCUACAGCCCGAACAGUGGUACUCGGAAGGCUCGAUAGAAUUCGUUCCGGAUACAGCCACCGCUGUUGAUUUUGAUGGCAAAACCGUCCAAACCAAGGCCGGGAAAUCCCUCCCAUACACCAAACUCAUCCUUGCCACAGGCGGCACGCCACGUCAACUACCCCUCCCUGGCUUCAAGAACAACGAGUUGAGCAACAUCUUCCUGCUGCGGAAAGUCAGCGACGUGCAAAACAUCAUGAAGGCCGUGGGCGACAAGGGUAAGAAGAUUGUCAUUGUCGGCACCAGCUUUAUUGGUAUGGAAGUCGCAAAUGCGCUCGCCAAGGAAAACUCGGUAAGCCUUGUGGGAAUGGAAUCCGCACCACUCGAACGGGUCAUGGGGACCGAGGUGGGCAAGAUAUUCCAGCGUAGCCUCGAAAAGAAUGGCGCCAAGUUCUACCUGAAUGCCGGUGUCGACUCGGCCUUACCAUCACCCAAGGCCGCCAGCUCUGUCGGUGCUGUGAAGCUGAAGGACGGCACCGAACUCGAAGCCGAUCUCGUAAUUCUGGGAAUCGGCGUGUUCCCCGAAACCACAUACCUCCGCAACAACCCCAAAGUGCAACUGGAGAAGGAUGGCAGUAUUUCCGUCGACGAGAACUUUGCCGUCAAGGGACUGCAAAACGUUUGGGCCAUCGGUGAUAUCGCGACGUACCCCUACCACGGACCCGGAGGAAAUGGCAGCCCCGUGCGCAUUGAACACUGGAACGUCGCGCAGAACCAGGGUCGCACUGUGGGACAGCUGAUCGCUCAACCAGGCAGCAAGCCGAAACCUUUCAUUCCCAUCUUCUGGUCGGCGCUCGGUAGUCAGUUGAGGUACUGUGGUUCGACGGCGAACGGGUGGGACGAGUUGGUGCUGAAGGGCGAACCCGAGAACAGCAAGUUUGCGGCAUACUACUGCAAGGGCGACACGGUGGUGGCCAUGGCCAGCAUGAUGAUGGACCCGAUCAUGGUCAAGUCGGCCGAGUUGAUGAGACACGGCAAGAUGUUGAGCAAGAGCGAUAUCCAAGGUGGCCAGGACGUGUUGCAGGCGGCUCUGUAA